CGUAGGUUGCAGCCAUUGAGUCUCGGUACUGCAUUAAACACAAACAAUUGUACAGUCUGAGUGAACAGCAGAUCAUGGAUUGUGGAGAAUUUGAAAAACCUUGUGAUCCCAACUAUUUUGAAUCUGCUCUAUUGUACAUUAAGAAGGCUCAGGUGUUAAUGAAAGAUAAAGACUAUCCUUAUAUAGGAAAGGAAUCUCAGAAUGGGUCAUGUUGCAUCAACAUGAAAAAGUGUGUCCAUAUUCAUAAUCUUCGCUACAAGGGAAUUACAAGUGAAAAAGCCAUGGCUACAUCAGUUGAAAAAAGAGGACCGAUCCCAUUUGCCAUGAGAGUGAAUACAUGUUUUUUUAGAUUUUCAGGAAAAGGUAUCUUUGAUGACUGCUACUGCUGUAUGACUGGCAAUGGCACUCACGCUAUGACAAUCAUUGGUUUUGGACAUGAAAAUGGGCUAGAUUACUGGCUAAUAAAGAACAGUUGGGGAAAAAAAUGGGGAGAUGAUGGUUUUGCCAAGAUACGGCGCAAUAUCAGACUAUGUGGAAUCGAUCACUAUGCUCUGGAAGUCAAGUUUCAAUGAUACAAAUUAAACAAGUGCUACUUUUUAAAAUAAUUUUGAUGAAGGAGAAUGCUUAAGUGAAACAAGUUUAAAAUAAUUUUCUUUGCUUCUUAUUAGUGAUAAUGUAGUAGCUUAACUAUAAAAGGUUUAACCUAUCUGCUGCACAUUGUUAAGAGUAAACAUUCUGCAUUUCAGUAUAUUUGCUUCUUUUCCAACCAGCUAUGAGCUCCACUCCUGUUGUCAGCAUUCUAUCUCUGUUAAAUUGCAUUUCGAUAUUUUCCUGCUAUUAAACAGGAGAAACAUGUUAUUAUCUUGAAGUCUG